AUGUCCAAAGCCACCUAUAUCCCGUGGUCAUCUCCAGAGGAGCAGAGGCUGCUAGCAUGGUUGUCUCAUAACCAGCAUUUAUCUUGGGACGAGAAGUCAGAGAAGUAUCAGCUUGACUUCGGUCUUGCACGCGGGCCCGAUUCCUUACGCGGAAAACAAAAUCAACUGAUAAGAGGUAUUCGUCGGCGUCGUUCGAUAUCUGGAAGACCGUCGCGUCGUCGCCAUAAGCACGCAUCGUCAGCGUCAUGUGAACUCCGAGAGCUCCAAAUUUUCAGACCCGCCGGUUACUUCGGCAGUCUCGCCCUCAAGAUUGGCUGGCCGAAGGUCAACGGCAACAAUACGCCCACGACGGCAGACCGUGCCAGAAAAGCUUUGGGAGAUUUUCGAUCAACUUCUUGGCAGAUGGUGAACAGUGGAAGAAAAUCUGGCUGCUUUACAAAGCAAUGGACUCAAGAAGUGGCUGUACAGUGGCAUCCAAACGCUUGCGCCUGGAAUUUUGGCCGAAUGAUUUGGUAA